AUGCCUCCAAAGUUUGAUCCAACUGAAGUUAAGUACUUGUACUUGAGAGCUGUCGGUGGUGAAGUCGGUGCUUCCGCUGCCUUAGCUCCAAAGAUUGGUCCUUUGGGUUUGUCCCCAAAGAAGGUCGGUGAAGAUAUCGCCAAGGCCACCAAGGAAUUCAAGGGUAUCAAGGUUACUGUUCAAUUGAAGAUCCAAAACAGACAAGCUACCGCUUCUGUUGUCCCAUCUGCCUCCUCUUUGGUUAUUACCGCUUUGAAGGAACCACCAAGAGACAGAAAGAAGGAUAAGAACAUCAAGCACAGUGGUAACUUACAAUUGGAUGACAUCAUUGAAAUUGCCAGACAAAUGCAAGAAAAAUCUUUCGGUAAGAACUUGGCUUCUGUUACCAAGGAAAUCUUGGGUACUGCUCAAUCUAUCGGUUGUCGUGUUGAUUUCAAGAACCCUCACGAUAUUAUCGAAGGUAUUAACGCUGGUGAAAUUGAAAUUCCAGAAAACUAA